AUGCUUUUCAAGAAUUUCAAGCUUCACCUACCAGGAUCUCCUCUCUUUAAGCGACCUGAAAUUCACAUGUGGAAAGCUUUCGUUCUUUCGCUCGAUACCACUAACCCGUAUGAGAUCAUGCUCAGCACGUUGGUGGAAAUAUAUGAUGAUAUGCCUGUUGCCAAGAUGCCUGCUGAGGUCGACAAUUGUGACGAACUUGAACUGGCAAUGAAUUUGCUAAACAAAAAAAUUAAGCAGUGGACAGCUAACGACAGCAUCUGGCGAGAUCUCGAAACCAUAUGUGCUGAAGACGAAAAUAUGUGCGAUGGGGUUUAUGAUCGCAUGAAUAAAUUUCGUGAAAGGCAUACAGGAUAG